AUGGCAGCCCGUGUACUCUCCGCUUGUGUCCACCGCCUGCCCGCGGCCUUGGCGCCGCCGCCUGGGACCUGGGCCCCACGCUCGCCUUGGUGCGGCCUCUGGGCUCGGUCCCGGGCGCGGCGGCGGAGGGCAGCCGUGGCGGUUCCUGUCCCGGCACACAUGCAGGUUUCUGGGUUAUCCCUACAGUUGAGCCGCCAUUAUAGUGACAUGCCCCCUCUGACACUGGAGAGCAUUAAGGACCGUGUCCUCUAUGUCUUGAAACUAUAUGAUAAGAUUGAUCCAGAAAUGCUUUCAGUAUCUUCCCACUUCAUGAAAGACUUGGGCUCGGAUAGUUUGGACGAAGUAGAAAUUAUAAUGGCCAUGGAAGAUGAAUUUGGGUUUGAAAUUCCUGACAUAGAUGCUGAAAAGUUAAUGUGUCCACAAGAGAUCGUAGAUUGCAUUGCAGAUAAGAAAAAUGUGUACCAAUAAAGUUUUUUUUUUUU